UCCGCGAGCCGCGGCGGGGCCGGCCGGGCUGCUCGCAUCACUUGGCGCCCGGCGCGGCGAGCGCUGCCCGCGGCCCCCGCGCGGCCCUCCCCACAAAGGGCCGCGGAGCUGCGUGGCCGCCGCCGCCGGCCGCGGCUCGCCUCCGCGGGCGCGGAAAUUUGUUGCACUUCUUGGGGCUUUGUUUGUUUGUUUUGCCUCUGAUUAUUUUUUUUCGUUAUUUUGGACAAAAUGUCGGUCCGUGAUGUAAAAAUUGAGCGAGGAACCUUGAUGGCAUUGGGAGCUUUGCAGAAGUUUUCCAAGAAAUAACUUCACCAAGAUGUCCAGUGAUAGGCAAAGGUCCGAUGAUGAGAGCCCCAGCACCAGCAGUGGUAGUUCAGAUGCGGACCAGCGAGACCCAGCCGCUCCAGAGCCUGAAGAACAGGAAGAAAGAAAACCUUCUGCCACCCAGCAGAAAAACACCAAACUCUCUAGCAAAACCACUGCUAAGUUAUCCACUAGUGCUAAAAGAAUUCAGAAGGAGCUAGCUGAAAUAACUCUUGAUCCUCCUCCUAACUGCAGUGCUGGGCCUAAAGGAGAUAACAUUUAUGAGUGGAGAUCAACUAUACGUCCACCAGGUUCUGUAUAUGAAGGUGGUGUGUUUUUUCUGGAUAUCACUUUUUCAUCUGAUUAUCCAUUUAAGCCACCAAAGGUUACUUUCCGCACCAGAAUCUAUCACUGCAACAUCAACAGUCAGGGAGUCAUCUGUCUGGACAUCCUUAAAGACAACUGGAGUCCUGCUUUGACUAUUUCAAAGGUUUUGCUGUCGAUUUGUUCUCUUUUGACAGAUUGCAACCCUGCGGAUCCUCUGGUUGGAAGCAUAGCCACUCAGUAUUUGACCAACAGAGCAGAACAUGACAGGAUAGCCAGACAGUGGACCAAGAGAUAUGCCACAUAAUUCACAGAAUUUGUAUGCGGUGUGAAGGAGCAGAGGGCCCCUUCC